UCGAGAUGGCGGCGCACAUAAUCCAAACAUGCCAUGUCGCCUGCUCCGCUAACAGGACCCCUAAUGUUGUUUCUUGGAGCCGCGGUGGGACCAUCGCUUUCGGGACGUGCAACUCGGUGGCUUUGUACGACCCCCAGGAAAGGAGGGUUGUUUGCAUGCUGAAUGGACACACACAUCGAGUAAAUGCAGUCCAGUGGGUCCAUAGAGAGAAUUCCGCUCCUGAGAGCCACUUGGUCUCGGGAGGCUCAGACGGCCGUCUCCUCAUCUGGGCGGCUAAAAAUGGAAAGUUUGUGCAGCUGGUGGAAUGUAAAGGCCACACGGGUCCAAUUUGCGCCGUGGAUGCGCUCUACACGCAUGCGGACGCGCGCAUCCUGGUGGUGUCGGCGGCAUCAGACUCCACUGUCAGACUGUGGCGCUGCAGUGAUGCCGAGCAGGCUGAGUGCCUCCACACGCUGUCAUUUGGCAGUGGCUUCGUGAUGGAUGUCUCCCUGGCCCUGCUGCCAGGCACCAAAGUUCCUGUGCUGGCCUGCGGGGGCGACGACUCCCGGGUUCACCUGUACGUGCAGUCCCGCGAUCAGCUGAGAAGAGUCAUGACGCUACAAGGACACGAGGACUGGGUUCGAGGUGUCGCCUGGACGUCCGUAGGUGGUGAGCUGCUGUUGGCCAGCUGCUCGCAGGACUGUCUCAUCCGAGUGUGGCGGCUGUGCGCCAAGUCCGGGAAGGAUGCCCGAACCUCCACCGAGGAGGAGGAGGACGAGGAGGAGGAGGAUGCCGACAGCGUCAUCAAAAUGAAAGAGGACAUUUUCCAAGUGGAGGAUGAGGAGGAGAGAGAUGUGCCCUCCGUCUUCGCCGUGUCUCUGGAGACGGUCCUGGCAGGCCACGAGAACCGCGUCUACGGAGUCCACUGGCAGCCUCCAUCUUACGCGGGUGGCAAACUGCAACAGCCUCUCAGGCUUCUCUCAGCCUCCAUGGACAAAACCAUGAUCGUCUGGGCUCCCGAGGAGGGGUCCGGGGUGUGGGUGGAGCAGGUACGCGUCGGCGAGGUGGGUGGCAACACUUUGGGCUUUUACGGUUGCCAGAUGAGUCCGGACGGGUCCAUGAUCCUGGCUCAUGCCUUCCAUGGAGCGCUCCACCUCUGGUGCAGGGACCAGCAGGAACAUGGGGAGUGGAGGCCUGGCAUCGUCCUGUCAGGUCACUUUGAUGCGGUCCAGGACCUGAGCUGGGACCCCGAGGGGGAAUUCCUCCUCAGCGUGGGCUCAGACCAGACCACCAGACUCUUCACUCGCUGGAGGAGGAAGGACAGCAAGACGGCCACCUGGCACGAGAUCUCUCGUCCGCAGAUCCACGGCUACGACAUGCAGUGCCUGGCCAUGGUCGGGAGGUUCCAGUUUGUGUCCGGCGCCGACGAGAAGGUCCUGCGGGUCUUCCAGGCGCCGCGGAACUUUGUGGAAAACUUUGCUAACAUCUCCGGGAACUCCAAGGAGAAGCUGCUUGCAUCGAGUAACUGUGCGGGUCUGCCUGAAGGGGCCAGCACCCCUGCUCUGGGUUUGUCCAACAAGGCGGUCUUUCAAGGUGACCUCGCGUCCAGGACCCAAGGAGACCAGGAGCGGAUCAGCAGCGUCUCCGACCAAUACCAGGAGUCCUACUUCCAUCCCGUCAACAUGACCGAGCCUCCACCGGAAGACCACCUGCUCCAGAACACACUCUGGCCCGAGGUCCAGAAGCUGUACGGCCACGGCUUCGAGAUGUUCUGCCUGGCGUCCGACAGCGCCAGGACGGUGGUGGCGUCGGCGUGCAAGGCGUCCAAGGCGGAGCACGCGUCCGUGCUGCUGUGGAGCGCCGCCACCUGGCGUCGGCUGCAGGCGCUGCCGUGCCACGCCCUCACCGUCACACAGAUGUCCUUCUCCCCGGACUCGCGCUUCCUGCUCGCCGUCUCCAGAGACCGCACCUGGUCGCUGUGGCGGCGGGACCCCGCCUCCUCCGCGGAGUUUUCCCUGCACGCCCACACCACCAAGGACACGGCCGUGCACACACGCAUCAUCUGGUCAUGUGACUGGACUCACGACAGUCGCUACUUUGUCACGUCCAGUCGGGACAAGAAGGUGAUAGUAUGGGGACCGUGUACCACCGACCGCUCUGGGGAUUCUCCUCACAUGACGCCGUGUUCCUCCAUCUUGGAUGUGGGCGACUCCGCCACCGCCGUCGCUUUCUGCCCUCAACGCUGCUCCCAUGACAGGUUGAUGGUGGCAGUGGGUGUGGAGAGUGGGAAGGUACUCUUGUACGGGUGGACGCCUGGCGGACCGGCUGACGGGGGGCAGGACUGGAUCCGCCUGGGAGAAACCGACGCAUCACAAAGUCACACUCUGGCCGUCAAGAGGCUGCGAUGGAGGCCGAUAGCGGAGGACGAGGAGGCGACGUCCUGCGUCCAGCUGGCCAGCGCCGGCGCCGACCACGCCGUAAAGAUCUUCAGCAUCAAGGAAGACGCCCUCUAGCGCCACCUGCUGUCAUCAUCUAAAGGUGCAAUCAUGUCUUUUUUUUUUUAAUUAUGAGGACAAUAAAGGACAAGUUUUCUAUGGACUAUCUUGUCCUGUCCUCCGCUGCUCAACUUUGUCUAUGAAACUUGGGUGCGUUCAUGAAACGCUGGGAAAUUACAGCCUUUCUGCUGAAGGACGUUCUGCGGGAGUAGAUCCACUGGCGCUUUGGCGGUUAAUGUACGAGCGGGAGAGACUAACGGCUAACUGCCGCUCGUAACUCUUCGCUAAGCACGU